AUGGCCCAUCUCUGGUCAGGUUCAGGGAGCUUCGCGGUGAUUGGCGGGGGCCAGAUCGCUAAGCGACAUGAACCUGCGCUACCGUGUGCGGAAGCUCGUCGCGAGGUGGUCACCACAAGAACCAACCGUGAUCAGAGCUCCAUGAUCGAGAUUUUUCCCGAGCGGGUAAGCGGGGUCGUAAACUUGCCUUCUUGGUCACUUUCUCAGUCGCCGUCAGUUGCGUCGCUUGAAGAACGCGACUGCCACACCAGGGUUCUACUAGCUAACCUGACACUAGAACCAGAUUUAAGUCAGGGAUUAUCACUCCUCUGGACAGACCUGAGCACGCUACCAGACCUAGAGCUCCUGUGCCCAGACCCUGUUAUUUCAAACGUCAGAGAAACGUCAUGGAAAGACUUUCUACGUCACACUAGUAAUGGCGUGAUAGCAUUGGCAUUUAGCAUGGGUCAGAAUGCCAAUUUGUGGAGCUGUAUAAAGACAGGCUGUGACGCCAUGACACGAGAUUCUGUUACCACAGAAACAGAGAAACAGAAAAGGGCCUCUCCUCACCGUGGCCCUCUUGUACAAGGCCGACCCGCCGCGGGAAAACACCACACGACGCUCGAUGCUGAGAAAUUCAUCAAGGUUCUUCCCGGAAGUACGAUAGGGGAGCUCAGGCUGCCUGGUGACUACGAAGAUGCCGGGAUCGGUUUGGGCCCUUCAAGGACUGGCGGGGAUCGGCCCAUGGGAGGCCUGCCAAAGCUGCCAGCUGGAGAACAGAUGGUACUCUUGUCCAACCCGCAAAACCUGUUCCAUCCCCGCUUACAGGACAGCAGCGAUACGCUUUCCCUCCGCUUGCAGCGGCCUCUCAACUUGUACGACAAUGCCACCAACUCAGCCUACAACUGCGUGGAGGCCAUCAUUGGACUCAAUGGGACACAACUGGAGCAGAAGCCGACCCUGGGCUGCAGUCGACGCAAGAACGGGCGCUCCCGACUCCGAGAAUCCGGGUCGUCUGUUCUCAUCGUCAAAAUCCUCGUGAAGGAGGUUAUCAAUUGCGACCGUCCACCUAAGCAAGCGUGCAUGUUGCCCGUCGAAGACAUUGUCCUUCACCAAUGGGAGAACAGGAAGCCCUCGCCUCUCCUCGCUCUCCCGAGGCUCUCAGUCCUCUGCCCUAACCUAAGGCCCAAUUACACCCUCACCAUGAAAGACCUCGACAGCGGUCCGCCAGAACUGGUCACGAAGCCGAACCAGCUGGUAAUCACGCCGUCCAGACCCCUUGACCGCGAACGGCGAGACGACGUUCUCACCUUCACCGUCACCUGCACGCUACAGGGCGGCGACCCCCCGACCCAGACGCGAGACGGAAGCAUCAUCAUUCUGGACGAGGACGACGCGGCGCCCAUCCGCAGCAGGAACCCGAAGGUGGACUGGCACCUGCGCAACAGCACGGACGAUCUCGACGACCAGCUGAUGGUGCUUGACCCUGACCUCGAAGGCACAAACAACUACGAGGUCAAGCUUCUCGGGGAGACGUACAACCUCGUGACCAUCGAGAGCGUGAAUAAGUUCAGUACCCGAAAACAGCUGUGCGAGAUGGAGGCCCAGAACAGGACGGGCUUCACCUUCGGGGCCGACUGCACCGUCAUGACACCUGUGUUAACCUUCAACAGAAGCAACAUGAGGGGAAAUAUGCCAUCCAAAAUCUAUUUUUCUGUGGUCUUCAUAGAUAGGACUCUGAGGGCACCGAUUACAGCAAUAAACUACAAGCAAAAUAAACAGACACGCGGCCCCGCUCCCAACCUCGACAUGGGGGAGGCACCCCCUGCUCCCCGACGCGGCGCCGUCCAACCUGUGGGCCACGAGGGACUUCCCGACCCUCAGGGAGACGCCGCCCUUUGA